AUGAGCUCUGUUGACGAGCGACCAGAGUGUUCGCGAUCCGCGCGACGAGGUGGCCAAGUUGCGAGCAAGACGCAAGGCGCGGACACUUCAGAGGCAGAAGCUUCAACGCCGUUACUGCAGCGCCCAGCAGUAGCCUCACAACGACCAACCCAAACAACCACAAGACCGAGCCGCUCUCCUUUCCCACUGCUUGCGCCACUGGUGCUCAUCGCGCUGCUCAUCGGCGCUGCACUCCACACCCACCUCAUACCCCGGACAACACGCGACGAACGCGCAACUUCGCUGCUUCCCAACGCCACGCUGACCAACGGCACACAUGCGUUCCGGCGCACUGUGAUCCUCAUCUCGCUCGACGGCGCCAAGCCUUCGGACCUCGAUGCGGGGCUCGCACCGUCGCUGCAGGCGCUCGGGACGGCGUCGCCUCGCUCGCGACGCGCACGGUAUAUGCAGCCGAUCUUCCCGACGCUGACGUUUCCAAACCACUGGACGCUGCUCACCGGGCUGUUUGCGUCCUCUCAUGGAGUGGUGGCGAACGACUUCCACGAUGCGCGCACGGGGCAGCAGUUCUACUACACGGAUCCGGCGCGCUCGUGGGAGGCGCGCUGGCCGAGGUGGUUCCAGAGGUAUGAGGGCGGGUGGGAUUUGGAGGCGCGGCUGGCGCAGGUAUUGGCCUGGAUCGAUGUCGAGAGGGUCGAGGACCGCCCCGGGUUGGUAUGUGCGUAUGUGCCGGACAUCGACCAGGCAGCGCACACGUUCGGCCCGGACAGCCCGCAGGCGCUCGCAGCGGUCCGCAAUGUCGACGCAUUCAUCGCCCGUCUGCACGCACACCUCGAGCAGCGCACCCUCACCGACAUUGUGGACCUCGUCAUCGUCAGCGACCACGGUAUGACGUCGACCAGCAACACCAAGCUCGUCUACCUCGACGACCUCCUCGGGCCUUCCCUCUAUGCGAAGCUCCAGCACCGCGACGGCUGGCCCUCGGCCGGGCUGCGCUUCCACGGCACACCCGCCGAGCAGCACACGCUGGCCCACCACGCGCUCCGCCGUCUCCAAGGACUCGAGCGCACGGGCUGGACCGUCUACACGCGCGCCACCCUGCCCGCGCGCUACCACCUCCGCUCGACGGCCGUGCACGACAGGCUGGCCCCGCUGUGGAUCGUCCCCGAUCUAGGGUGGAGCAUCACGACGCACAAGGAGAUGGCGGCGUUCAGCGACGGCGUGUACGCGCCCAGGGGCAACCAUGGCUACGACAAUGCCGAGCCCGAGAUGCAUGCCGUGUUCGUUGCGUCCGGUCCAUCGUUUGGGCCGUUAGCUGCGGCGGAGGGGAAGCGUGGAAACAGUGGCGGAGCAAGGUGGAACAUGGAUGGAUUUCGUAACGUCGAAGUGCACAACUUGGUGUCGCGGAUCCUGGGAGUGAGAGAAGGGAAGAGAGCGCCGACGAACGGGACAUGGUCGUUUUGGGAUGCGCAUCUUAGACCCGGGCUGUAA